AUGGCUACUGGAAAGCCAGUACUCUUAUCGGAUCUUGUGUCUAUUGCAAGCGAUGUUCCCUCAAAUUACAUCAGACCUGUAUCUGACCGACCAAAACUUAGUGAAGUUCUGUCCUCGGAUGGUUCUAUUCCUCUAAUUGAUCUCCAAGGCCUUGGAGGUCCUCACCGCUCUAGCAUUGUCGGAGAGAUUGGCCGAGCUUGCCAAACCCAUGGUUUCUUUCAGGUUAAAAACCAUGGAAUUCCGAACAAGGUGAUUGAUGGCACGCUUCGCGUUUCCAAGGAGUUUUUCCAUCUAACUGAGAGAGAGAGGCUGAAGAAUUACUCCGAUGAUCCCAUGAAGACAACAAGGCUCUCCACUAGCUUCAAUGUGAAAACUGAAAUUGUAUCCAGCUGGAGGGAUUUCCUAAGACUUCACUGCUACCCAUUGGAAGACUACAUUCAUGAAUGGCCGAACAACCCUCCAUCUUUCAGAGAGGAUGUUGCCGAGUAUUGCAGGAAUGCUAGAGAAUUAUCAAUCAGACUGCUUGGAGCAAUAUCAGAAAGCUUAUGUCUUGAAACAGAUUACAUCUGUAAGGCAUUGAGCAAGCAUGGACAACAUAUGGCUGUUAAUUACUAUCCUCCCUGUCCACAACCACAGCUCACGUAUGGAUUGCCUGCCCAUGCUGAUCCUAAUGCCAUCACCAUCCUUCUGCAGGAUGAUGUGCCGGGCUUGCAGGUGCUCCAAAAUGACAAAUGGGUUGCUAUAAACCCGAUUCCAUAUACGUUUAUUGUCAACAUUGGGGAUCAGAUACAGGUCAUUAGCAAUGAUCGUUACAGGAGUGUGCUCCAUCGGGCUGUGGUGGACCGCGACAAGGAGAGGAUCUCUAUCCCUACUUUCUACUGCCCAUCACAUGAUGCAGUUAUUGGACCAGCCCCAUCGCUAAUUGAUGAUGAUCACCCUGCUCUGUAUAGGAACUUUGCUUACAGUGAGUACUACCAGAAGUUCUGGAACCAUGGGCUUGCUACUGAGACCUGUCUGGGCAUGUUUAAGAACUAA